GUUCCCAAUCUGGCCGAGCCACCAGCCUCCUGGGGAGAGCCAGCCAGACUCCGGCGGAGGGAGUGUGGUGCACUAUGCGGCUCCUGCUCGGGGCACUGCUGCUGAGCUUUCUGUGUGGGGCCUUCGCGGCUGAGGAAUCCUGCGAGGGGCGCUGUGACAAGGGCUUUGAUGAUCAGAAGAAAUGUCAGUGCGAUGACCUCUGCAUGUACUACCAGAGUUGCUGCAAUGAUUACUUCACAGUUUGCAAACCCAAAGUGACCCGCGGGGACGUCUUUUUUCAGCCAGAGGAUGAGUACCUGGAUUAUGAUGAAGAUCUUGCCAAUUUUACAGCCACUGUACCCACUGACCCUUCCUUGGAGCCCAUAAGCAGUGACCCGCAGGACUUCUUGCCAACAGAAGAACCCGUGGCACUCACUGAUCCAACCUUCUUGUUUGAGCCAGAGGGAACCACUCAAGAAGCAGAAGACGAGUUCUUGUGCAGCGGGAAACCCUUUGAUGCUUUCACAGCCCUGAAAAAUGGCUCCAUCUAUGCCUUCCGUGGGAAAUAUUUCUAUGAACUCGAUGAGACAAGUGUGAGGCCUGGGUACCCCAAACUUAUCCAGGAACUGUGGGGUAUCGAGGGACCCAUAGAUGCAGCCUUCACCCGCAUCAACUGCCAGGGCAAGACCUACGUCUUCAAGGGGAGCCAGUACUGGCGCUUUGAGGAUGGAGCCCUGGACCCAGAGUUUCCCCGCAACAUCUCAGAUGGCUUUGAAGGGAUCCCCGAUGAUAUUGACGCUGCUUUUGCACUGCCCGCUCAGAACUACUUUGCCAGUGAGAGGGUCUACUUCUUCAAAGGGAAGCAUUACUGGAGUUACGACUUCGCCAAUCAGCCGAGCCGCGAGGACUGCGAGGAGACAUCUCCAUCUCUCGUCUUUGACCACUUUGCUCACUUGGUGGACGAUAGCUGGGAGGAGAUCUUUUUGGAGCUCUUUGGGGGCUCACGGCGGAGUGGGGCCAGCAGGCCACGCUACAUCAGCCAGGACUGGCGAGGGGUACCCAACCGGCUAGAUGCUGCCAUGGUCGGCCGAAUCUAUGUGGCGCCAAGCCCAUCAAAACGUCGCUCAAAGAAGAAGUCAUCACGCCGGCAACGCAAGAAGUAUCGCAGCCGCCGUCGCUGGGGCCGCUGGAAAUCAAGAGCCUGGGAUUGGCCAGGGGACAGCAGCUCAGAGUCUGCAGACCUGGACUGGAUCCUGGGUAGACCCACAUCCUGCCAGCCCUUCCAGAGUGUCUAUUUCUUCGUGGACGACCAGUACUAUCGACUUAACCUGCGCACACGACGUGUGGACUUCGUGUACCCUAGAUAUCCGCGCAACAUAGCCAAGUACUGGCUGGGCUGCCCGUCCGAUGCAGAUCAGGCCUAACUGCGGCCAUAGCCAUCUUCAAACUUAUACCAGCAGCCAAAUAAAGCAUUCCAUUCCUGCCUU